CGACCGUUGGGAAUUAUUUUUAAAUUUAAAUUAAAAGCCGACCGUUGGAAUACAGAAACCGCUGUGUAUUCCGCUCCUCUUCACUGUUUUCCUUCAUUUCUCUCUCUCUCUAAAAACUCUCUCUCUCUCUAGAAACUCAGAUUGAUUUCCAAUUUCCAAACACAAGGCCGAUCCAGAUCUCCGCCGCCGCCGCCGCCGCCAACAAAACCACCGUCAGGUAAUGGAGUCGAAGCAAUACCUCCACCCGCUCCACCAAAUCGCCCAAACCCCAACGCACAAACUCCUCCUGAAACAAUGGCUGAAGGAGGAAGAACUCAUCCUAAACCGGAUCUCCCUCAAGGAAACCCAACUCGAUUCGACCCGCCACCAAAUCACCCAGCUCUACUGCCUCUUCUUCCUCUUCCACUCCACCGCCCUCCUCCUCCUCUUCUCCGCCGCCGCAAACGCCGCCGCCCACCUCUGCAAGAGAUCGUGGGUCCCGUCGCUCUGCUCGCUGCUCUUCUCGCUAGGGUUCAUAUGGGCGAUCCGGUACAAGAACGACGUGGAGUGCCACGUGGAGAAGAUGCUAGAGAGAGAAAAAGAGGAUUCGUCGCUGCUUGCAAAGUGCGUGGAAGAGCUGAAGAAGAAGGGUGUUGAGUUCGAUUUGCUGAAGGAGGUCGACGCUCUCAGGCGGGCCAAGAGCUUGCGGGUCGAAUCCAAACCCGUCCGGAAAUGGUCGGGUCGGGAUUUUGUUACCCUCUUCUUCUUCACUGUUUCUUGUCUCGUUUUGGGUCUCACCAGAGUCAUACUCUGCAGUUGAUGAAUUUCUUUUUUUUUUUUUUUUUUUUUAUUAUUUUAAUUUGUUUUGUUUGUUGAAUUUUGAUAAUUAAUUAAGUUGCAGAACUCUCUCUUCUGUUUUGGGGAAGAUUCAAUUGAAAUUAUUAACUGAUAA